AUGAAUUCUGCUGGGAGAGUCACUUUGUUUUUUCUUUUAAUUGUCCUGAUAACGCAAGAUUGUUUCUCAUCUAAAGGAGAAGACAGGCUGUUUCGUCGUUUAUUCAGGAGGUAUAAUCAGUUCAUUCGGCCAGUGGAAAAUGUGUCCGACCCCGUCACAGUGGAGUUUGAGGUCUCCAUCUCACAGCUUGUUAAAGUGGAUGAAGUCAAUCAGAUCAUGGAAACAAAUCUUUGGCUGAGACAUAUAUGGAAUGACUACAAGCUGAAGUGGUCACCUAUAGAGUUUGAUGGAAUUGAGUUCAUCAGAGUCCCAUCAAAUAAAAUCUGGAGGCCUGACAUUGUACUUUACAACAAUGCUGUUGGGGACUUCUUGGUGGAGGACAAAACCAAAGCUCUUUUGAAAUAUGAUGGAACCAUCACUUGGGUUCCUCCUGCAAUCUUCAAAUCAUCCUGCCCUAUGGACAUCACAUACUUCCCCUUUGACUAUCAGAAUUGCUCUAUGAAGUUUGGUUCCUGGACAUAUGACAAGGCCAAGAUUGACCUGGUACUUAUUGGCUCAAAGGUAAACCUUAAAGACUUCUGGGAGAGUGGAGAGUGGGAGAUCAUUGAUGCACCCGGUUAUAAGCAUGACAUCAAGUACAACUGCUGUGAAGAGAUCUACCCAGACAUAACCUACAGUUUUUACAUACGGCGACUGCCCCUCUUCUACACUAUCAACCUUAUUAUCCCCUGCCUCCUAAUCUCCUUUCUGACAGUACUCGUCUUCUACCUUCCAUCAGACUGUGGUGAGAAAGUGACAUUGUGCAUCUCUGUACUCCUCUCUCUCACUGUGUUCCUUCUUGUCAUUACGGAAACCAUCCCGUCCACCUCACUCGUGAUCCCUCUGAUAGGCGAGUACCUUCUCUUCACCAUGAUUUUUGUCACCCUCUCAAUUGUCAUCACCGUCUUUGUAUUGAAUGUGCACUAUCGCACCCCUAUGACCCACACUAUGCCUAGCUGGGUCCGUACCGUCUUCCUCCGAGCUUUACCCCGCAUUAUGCUCAUGCGCCGGCCUCUCGAUCUAUCAGAGUCAUCUGGAAAAGGAGGACUAGAAAGUGGGGGCUCGUCCGGGACUGGAGCAGGACGAGGAGGAGAGGGAAAGAAGAGGAAAAACAGUGGAUCUCAGCAGGGAGCAAUGAACUCUUUGGAAUUUGGAGAAGGGAAAGCAGCAUUAGAAGGAAAGAAAGGCGGAUGCCCAUGUCACCCAAUGAAAGAGGCAACUGAGGGGGAUUGUGGGAAAGUAAGUCGUCAGUUGAGUCCACAGGCUAUUAACACAGUUGUGGCUUUCUCUGUGGUGUCACCGGAGAUCAAACAGGCUAUUGAGAGUGUGAAGUACAUUGCUGAGAACAUGAGGAGCCGCAACAAAGCCAAAGAGGUGGAGGAUGAUUGGAAAUAUGUUGCCAUGGUGAUUGACCGCAUCUUCCUUUGGGUCUUUGUGCUGGUGUGUGUGCUGGGAACUCUGGGCCUCUUCCUGCAACCUCUGAUUGGCUUCUUCUCGUAAUUAACUAUGCCAGCUUGCCUGUUCUAACCAAUAAUUAUCUGAGUCACUAACAUGCUCCAUAUUUAAUUAGUAUCACAAGUGUUCCGUCACUACAACAAAACUCUCCUACUAUAUACUGGUGUUCUUGCGCAGCAAAUAAAUAAUCAGGUGUUCUGUUUUUCUCUCUGCCACUCAUCAAUUGGAGACUCAAAGACUGUUUUUUGUCUUUUUAACAAUCAAUCACUCCAAGUGAACUUUCUAAUCACCAUCUAUCCUGAAGCACUGACAUGUCCAUAAGAAGACUAAUCAGACUGAUUGGUGUUCUGUGUCCACUGCUCAAAAUUACAUUCCACUUACAAUAUCUGAUUACACACGAUAUGUGGCGUUUUAUACCAAACAACAUGGCCAUUUUCUCUCAACUACUUGACAGUCACUCAGGAAAAUCUUCAAAAGACAUUGAUGGUGUUUUUCUUGCCAGUGGGAAUAGAGUAGAAGAAAUCCAGUUUAAGCACAAAGAAAUGUGUUGUGUAGAUUAGUUCACCAAAAUCUUCGAGGAUAAACAGUGAGCCGUGCGAUUAUGGGAUGAAAUUAGUCAAGAAUAUGGGUGAUCUAUAAAUAACUUUGAGUUGUAGCAUGGCUGCACUCCAGAAUAAAAAUGACUAAUCAGGUCCCAUUUAUGCCAAAUAAUUUGUGUUUAGAAUGAGAUUAAUUAAUCUGUUUUUUUUCCUCAGUGUCUCAUCCCUAUGAUAUUGCAUGGUAAAGAUUUUUUUUUUUUUUUCAUUUGAAGCAGAUGUGUUGACCAAGAUGUCUAAAUCCUUAACUGUUUUUAGUGGUGUGCAGGCUAUUAAAAUGACUGCUUUCCCUCCCUCUCUUACUCUCACGCUCUCUCUCUUGCUCCAUCAGCAAGAGACAUAAUCCCCUCUUUAAUAUCAGCAUUUCAGUUUUUUUUUCACUUCCACUUGUCAGCUUCUGACACUUUUGUAAAACAUUUUUUAAACAGAUGUCUUUCAAAUAAAAAUAAGUUCUUUUUGUUUGUUGUACACACUAUGAUCU